AUGUUGUCCAAAUCAGCCAGAGCUGCUUCCAAGAAGCGACGGGGAGAGAGGAACCUCAGGUCCAACAUCUCAGAUCUCUUCCUCAGGGGCUCGAUAUCAGCUGCCAGGGCUAGGGGCAUCUUCCAGGAUGCUGCAGAUGCCCAGGCCAGGCAUGUUAACGACCUGGUUGUCUCGGAGGACAAAAACAUCCAUCGCAACCUUCUCAGGAAGCUGGCCCGACAGCGAUUGCUGGAUUGGCAGAGUUUGAGGCGGGAUGUUCGUGAGAGGGUUGCCUCCUCAGUGGAGGCCUUAACUCUCGAUCCAGAGGCUUUGGUGGCCUGGGGGCUUUGGUGUGACGGUGUUCCUGAUGGCAGGACUGUGGACGAUUUGAUGGCUAUUUUUGCUCACAGUUUUCAUUGCAUGCGAGAAGGAAUCUUUCCAGAGGUGGAUUUCCAGGGGCAACCUUUUAAGUCAUCGUGGCGCCGGAAGAUGGCUGGGAGGCCUUUGCUGGCACAGGGGAUCCUUGCAGAGGUCCGUGGGGACUGGGCGAUGUACAAGCAGGAAAUCCGGUCAUGCUCGUCUUCAGCACCCUGGAGAGAUCACCCUUGGUCCUUUUUGGAACUCCAAGAGCACAUGCUGGACAAGUCUGGUGCAGUGAGUCCCAUCAUGGCUGCCCCAGGCAUAAGUUUGGCCACCUUCGAGGUGGACUGGCUCCACUCGUGCGACUUGGGGGUCGCAGCCGAUUUUCUGGGCAAUUGCUGUUUUCUCGUUUCGAAACACAUGCCAGGCUCCUCGGAGGAGCAGCGAGUGGCCAGCCUCUGGCGAGAUAUCAAGCAGUGGUACACCGAGAACCAGACGCCCAACCAGUUUAACACCAUAACCAAGCUCAUGAUCCGAAAGGAAGCCAGGAAGAGCCCCAAACUUAGAGGCAAAGCUGCCGAGAUCAGAUACCUGAUUCCCUGGUCUGUGGACAUCACUGAGCGACUUUUUUCUGGUUAUCCACCCUCCUCGGAGGAGGGCACCUGCCGGCUAGCAGCCAAGCAGAUCCAGAUCUGCUACUCCCAGUUAUCGACCGAAAACUUCGACCCCAAGGUUUUGGCAGACAGUUGCAAGAGUUUUUUGCUAUUGUACACUGCACUGGAAGACCUUUGUUUACUUGAGCAUCGCUGGAGAUACAAACCCAAAUUUCAUUUGUGGCAACACAUGUGUGAAAGCACCCAGUCUGCUCCGAGUCUGUAUUGGACGUAUGAUGAUGAGGACUGGGGCGGGAGCCUGGGGAGGAUGUCUGUGCGAAGAGGAGGCAAGCAUGUGGCUUUGGGCUUGUCGAAGACAGUGCUCACAAAGUUUGCUGCACAGAACAAGGUACCUUCGCUGGCAGACCUGGCCUUGCGAGAAAAAUCAACAGCACCCUUUUGCGAGCAUUUUGCAUGUUGCUUGUGCAAGGGUGCAUGA